AUGGAAACAUUCAAGAAGGUGCAAAUCAACAUCCCAUUGCUCAAUGCCAUUGCUCAGAUUCCAAAGUAUACAAAAAAUUUGAAGGAUCUAUGCACUAACAAGAGGAGAUUCAAAGAGCAUGAACAUGUUGCAUUGAGUGAAGAGGUAAGUGCAGUGUUACAAAGAAAGCUACCUCCAAAGCUAAAGGAUCCAGGUUCGUUUUCUAUACCUUGCAUAGUUGGUGAUUUUAAGUUUCAAAAAGCUUUGCUUGAUCUUGGUGCAUCUAUAAACCUUAUGCCAUAUCAUGUUUAUGAGAAACUUAACCUUGGUGAGUUGCAAGCCACAUCUAUGAGCAUUCAAUUGGCAGAUAUAACUAUUAGGUACCUUAAGGGCAUUCUAGAAGAUGUUUUGGUGAAAGUGGAAGAGGUAAUUUUGCCAAUAGAUUUCUUGGUGUUGGAAAUGGAAGAAGCACCAAUUCAUGACAAUCAGUUAGCACUUAUUCAAGGUCGGCCAUUCAUGGCAACUGCCGGUGCUAUUAUUGAUGUGAAAAAGGGAACAUUGACUAUGAACGUGUUUGAUGAGACAAUAGCAUUCAAAGUGUUUGAAGCCUCCAAGUUUCCAAGUGAUGAGCAUGAAGUUUUCCAGCUUGAUGCAAUUGAUACUAUGGUAAAAGAAGCACUGCCAAUAAGUUAUUUGGAGCCCAUUGAAGCAUGCAUCACAUAA